AUGCGUCCCGCUCUACCUACGCCCUUUGGAACCGAGGCGCCUCGUUCGGGCGUCUCCUCGGAUCAGGAAGACUCUCGCUCAUCGUCUAGUGACUCGCCCGUUCCCGCGGACAAUGAGGAGUCGGACUUUUUUCUCGGAGCUAAUGACUCCCAGUCAUCCAUCGGUGUCGUCAACUUCCAGGACAUGCACGUCGAGGACCGCUGUUGGCCCCCCGUUAACCGCGUACCCAAUGAGAUUCUUAUCGGCAUCUUCGCCAAACUCGGCACUCCGGCCGACCUCUUCAGCUGCUUGCUCGUCUCCAAGCGCUGGACUCGAAACGCGGUCGAUUUGCUAUGGCAUCGCCCUGCCUGCACCAGCUGGAAGAGCCACCAAACCAUCUGCCAGACUCUAGAGGCCCCCAAGCCCUUCUUCAACUACCGCGAUUUCAUCAAACGCCUCAAUCUCGCCGCGCUGGCCGAAAGGAUAAGCGAUGGUAGUGUCACACCACUAUACGUCUGCACCAGGAUCGAGCGCCUCACUCUUACCAACUGCCGCGGCCUCACUGACGCUGGCAUCAUUGGUCUUGUCGAGAACAACACCAACUUGCUUGCCCUCGACGUCUCCAACGACAGAAACAUUACCGAUCAAUCCAUAUAUACUAUUGCCGAGCACUGCAAACGUCUACAGGGCCUCAACAUCUCCGGAUGCGACGGCGUCUCCAAUGACAGCCUCGAGGUGCUCGCCAAGAGCUGCAAAUUCAUCAAAAGACUUAAACUCAAUGACUGCACCCAGAUUCGAGACAAUGCCGUCCUCGCCUUUGCUGACAACUGCCCAAAUAUCCUGGAAAUAGAUCUCAACCAGUGUGGCCAUGUCGGCAACGGUGCCGUCACCGCUCUCAUGGCCAAGGGAACUUGUCUGCGCGAGUUGCGUCUGGCCUUCUGCUCUCUAGUUGAUGACUACGCUUUCCUCUCCCUCCCUCCUACCCAGAUGUUCGACCAUUUGCGCAUCCUCGACCUCACCUGCUGCACUCGACUCACCGACGCCGGCGUGAAAAAGAUUAUCGACGUCGCCCCUCGUCUACGGAAUCUCGUUCUAGCUAAGUGCCGUCUGAUUACCGACCAUGCGCUCAGCUACAUUGCCAAGCUUGGCAAGAAUCUUCACUACCUCCACCUCGGUCACUGCGCCAAUAUCACAGACGAAGGCGUUAGGACGCUCGUCACGCAUUGCAACCGCAUACGCUACAUCGAUCUUGGCUGCUGCACUAAUCUCACGGAUGAAACGGUGAAGCGCCUUGCCGUCCUGCCCAAGUUGAAACGAAUUGGAUUGGUCAAGUGCAACUCUAUCACAGAUGAAUCAAUCUACACUCUGGCCGAGAUUGCUACUCGCCCUCGCGUUAGGCGCGAUGCCAACGGCUUGUUCAUCGGCGGCGAGUAUUAUACCUCCAAUCUGGAGCGAAUUCAUCUGAGCUACUGUGUCAAUUUAACUCUCAAGAGUAUUCUCAAACUUCUCAAUUCUUGCCCACGCUUGUCGCAUCUGAGUCUGACGGGCGUCCCCGCCUUUCAAGGGGAAGAAUUCACUCCCUUUUGCAGAGAGGCACCGCCUGAAUUUACCCACCACCAACGCAAUGUCUUUUGCGUAUUCUCCGGCAACCAAGUUUCAAGGUUUCGCGACUAUCUUAACACUGCACGCCAAUAUGAAGACUUGCGCGAAAGUCUUGCGCCACGACGCCAUACACGCGCUCGUCAAGUACCCAGUCAACUUCACCCCGCUACAGCAAGCGCUUUACCGACGGCUUUCGAGGAGACUUUCGACGACGACAUGGGCGACGACAAUGACGAUUUUGAGGGCAUCUAUCCCAACGACAUGCUGCCCAAUGCUCCGUCGAAUAAUGGCUUCCCGAAUGACGGCUUUCAAGGGAAUGGUAACUUGCCCUCAAUGGCUCACAGCCUGCCUAUCCUGCCGGGCAUAGACCCCUUGCCUUGGGACCUGCCCAGCUCACUGGCCGUGAAUGGAAGCGGACUUCAUCCCGGCCACUAUGCCGCUACGCAGCAGAGCGCCAAUACACAAGGACACCAAAGUCAGCAAACACCAUUUGCGGCGUUGUCAUCACUGAUAGGUAAUCCACCGCCAUAUGGUUCCAUGGCGGCUCUCGGCCUCUCCCAAGCCAGCAUGGCGGGCCCGGCGCCUAGUGGCUCUAGGCAGGCCAGUACGGCUAGCGCAGCGACGGCCACUGGAGCCAGCACGGCCCAAAUGCACCACCAGGAACAUACCGAUGAGCAAGACAACAUGACUGGCUAG